AUGGCAUCCAGGCGAUCUGUCAUGCGGCUGAGGGGCUACCACCCUUUGGCCCCUGUUCAGACCGGGAGAACUUCCAAUUCUCUGCGACUGUUUUCGGCGUCUGCGCAAUUCCAAGAUGCGAAGUUUGUAUCGAGGGAGGGAGUUCCAAACCCUCGCGAGGAACCACGCCCUGCUAUCGGUCAAUUGAAUCGCCCAAUCGUUAACCCGACAGACAAAUAUAAAGACACGUCGGCAAAGUUACAUACCUACGGCCAAUAUCUCAUCUCCUGUCUCCCAAGAUAUAUCCAACAAUUCUCAGUGUGGAAAGAUGAAUUGACCAUUUAUGUACCGCCCGCUGGAGUUGUCCCCGUCAUGACGUUUCUCCGCGAUCAUACCGCAGCCGAAUACACCCAAGUCUCGGAUAUCACUGCAGUCGACUUUCCCACUCGAGAGUACCGUUUUGAGGUGGUUUACAACCUCCUCAGCGUGCGCCAUAACUCCAGAAUAAGGGUCAAGACCUAUGCAGAUGAGGCCACCCCAGUUCCUAGCAUCACGUCCCUGUACGACGGAGCUCUCUGGUUUGAGCGAGAAGUGUAUGAUAUGUUUGGCGUCUUCUUUGUUGGCCAUCCCGACCUCCGAAGAAUUAUGACUGAUUACGGUUUCGACGGCCACCCAUUAAGGAAAGAUUUCCCUCUUUCUGGAUACACCGAGAUCCGAUAUGACGAGGAGAAGAAGCGUAUCGUGGUUGAGCCAUUGGAGUUGACGCAGGCAUUCCGAAACUUCGAGGGCGGAUCAUCUGCUUGGGAAGGAGUUGGGCAGGGCCUUGACAGGAAACCAGACAAUUUCAAACUUCCUACCCCGAAGCCAGAGGAGAAGCCAGAAGAGCAAAAGAAAUAA